GGGGGGAAGGAGUAGUGGAACUACGGGUCCACAUUUCAUGUGAAUGCAGCCUUUAUAUCUCCUGGGCUCUGCGUAUAAACUUGUGUGCUACUUCACUAACUGGUCUCAGUAUAGGCCAGACCCUGUGCAAUACUUCCCAGAGAACAUUGAUCCACAUCUUUGCACCCACAUUGUUUACGCCUUUGUAACUAUGAAAGAUAACCAGAUAGCACCUUAUGAAUGGAAUGAUGAAGAGCUCUUCCCUCGGGUUAUAGCAUUGAAAAAGAGCAAUCCCAACUUGGUUAUAUUACUGUCAAUUGGAGGAUGGAACUUUGGCACUGCAUUGUUCACAAUCAUGGUCUCCACAAGUCAAAACCGCAAGACUUUCAUCAACUCAGUGAUUGCAUAUCUCUGUAAAUAUGACUUUGAUGGGAUUGACCUGGACAUUGAAUACCCAGGCUCUAGAGGCAGUCCCCCGGAGGACAAGCAGCGCUUUACCACCCUGGUUCAGGAAAUGCGGGAUGCCUUUAAAGAGCAAAAUGUAUGUACUAGAGAGUCUGAACUACUGAUUGCAGCUGCAGUGUCUGCUGGUGUAGAAACUAUAAAUGCUGGCUAUGAAAUCCCUAAGUUAGGGAAACUUAUGGAUUUCAUCAGUGUGAUGACGUAUGAUUUCCAUGGUGACUGGGAUACUUCCACAGGAUGCAACAGCCCCUUGUACACAGGCCCUGAAUGGUGUGAAGUUGACAUUUUCAACUGUAAAUAUGCUAUGGAGUAUUGGAGGGACCAAGGUGCCCCAGCUGAGAAGCUCCUCAUGGGAUUCCCCACCUAUGGACGCUCCUUCAGGCUAAGUAGUUCCAGUAACACAGGUCUCUGUGCUUCAGUCUCUGGGGCUGGGCCCCCAGGACCAUAUACUGAGGAAGCUGGAUAUUGGGCUUACUUUGAGAUUUGCACCUUCCUAAAGGAUGCUCAGGUGGAAUGGCUGGAUUCUCAGCAUUCCCCAUAUGCCUACAAGGACGACGUAUGGUUGACAUAUGACAAUAUUUGUAGCUACAGACACAAAGCCAAAUACCUGAAAGAGAACAAUUUUGGAGGAGCCAUGGUCUGGGCCAUUGACUUGGAUGACUACCUUGGUACUUUCUGUAAUGAAGGAAAAAACCCUUUAAUAAGUGAGCUGAAGAGAUUGCUUGAAACAAAUGAUCCCAUUGAGCCAAAUUGCCCUGAAAAGGUUGAUCCUCCAGUUACUCCUCCAGUUGAUCCUUCAGUUACUCCUCCGGUUGAUCCCACUGUUACUCCUUCGGUUGAUCCUACUGUUACCUCUCCGGGGGACUCAGGAGGAGAUGAAAACUUUUGUGUUGGAAAGACUGAUGGCAUCCAUGCUGACCCAAAAGACAAUACAAAAUUCUACAUGUGUGUGGGAAAUCGCACUUUCCACUUGAGCUGUGCAGCUGGCCUAGUCUUCAACGACAAUUGCAAGUGCUGCAGCUGGUCACAAUAAUAGUAAC